AUGUGCAUGCAGCGGCUGACCGGGUCAGCUUACUCCCCUCUCCUCCCCCAUCACCAUCUGAGGAGGUCGCAUCAACCGAGUCAACGCCGCGUUCGCUCCAGCAACGGCGCCAUCCUUCUUCCCAGUACGCUGCCGACAAGGCAAUUCUCCUACGAUCAGUUAAAGGAAAUUACGGAUGGUUUCUCCGAGGAGCACUUACUCGGUAGCGGCGGAUAUGGAAGAGUUUACAAGGGAUUGCUCAAAGAUGGGGAAGAAAUUGCCGUGAAGUUGCUCUAUGAGAUGCCUACACUUGACGAUGUGCAGUUUAUGAGGGAGUUUAACAAUCUGACGAGUCUUCAACACGUUAAUAUUGUGCGUUUAGUCGGCUAUUGCCAUGAAACUCGGCCAGAGUGCGCAGAGUAUGAAGGAAGAACGGUUGUUGCUGACAGGAUACACAGGGCGCUCUGUUUCGACUAUGCCCACAAUGGGAGCCUUCACGGUCAUAUUUCUGACGAAUUUAAUGGACAUGAUUGGCGCACACGUUAUGGAAUAAUUAAGGGGAUUUGCAAUGGUUUGAAAUACCUGCAUCAGGACUUAAAGUCUCCUAUAUAUCAUCUGGAUUUAAAACCAGCCAAUGUAUUGCUGGAUGAGAAUAUGUUACCAAAGAUAGCUGAUUUUGGCCUGUCAAGGCUGUUUGGAGAAGAACAGACAAAAAUCACAAAGACUUCAUUCGGAACACGCGGUUAUUUACCACCAGAAUACAAAGAGCAGAAUGUAAUCUCAAACAAGUUCGACAUAUACAGCUUGGGUGUUGUUAUCAUAAAGGUAAUGGCUGGACCUGAGGGCCACUCCAGAUGUGCUACCAUGUCUUCCGAGGAAUUCGUUGAACUUGUACAGGGAAAUUGGAGGGCUAGGUUAGAAGCACCCCCAAUUCAUGAGCCAGGGCCAGAGGCAUAUUGUGUACAAGUAAAGACGUGCAUUGAAAUAGCCUUAAAGUGUGUGGCGCAAAAGGCCGAGUAUAAAUGA